CAAACCGAACCAACUGCUCCCAAAAAUUGUGUUUUAAAGUGAUUUUAAGGCCAUUUACGCCAAUUUCAUGGUCACCUAAGGGCAGCGGAGAUAAUGGCAAGUCGCGAAGCCCAUCGUAAAAAUGAAGAAAUAUCGAAUUUAUUGUCACACCUCAUAAAAUCUCUAUCGGGUUUCGAUGAAUCCGAUAUUAAUUUCAAAUUAAUUAGUCAGUUCGCCUACGCCCAAGUCAAUUGCGAUCGGUAUCUCAGUACAAACAGUCAUGCAGUACGGAGGAAGUACGAGGGUGUCUACGAAAAGUUUAAGGAAGCCAAUUACGGCAAGUACGCCGAACUACUGAAGAAAAAUGUCGAAGAAUUUGCCAGUCAUCCCCUGUGUACGGAUCACCGUGAACGGGAUUGUCAGUGGGGAGUGUUGUCAUUUUUGUUGGAAAUUGCCUACAAUCCAGUUGGAGGGCUGAAACAACGUUUGAUGAAUGAUUCGGAAAUUUUCGAAGAAUAUACGGAAGACGGCGAGCUAAAUGAGACGCUCGAACGUAAAAUUAUUCGGGAAUUGCGGGAAGCGGAUGUCGUUGGAGUCGAUUUCAAGGCCACAGACGAUUCGAGUUUGAGUGAAUGGUCGGAUUCGGAUGACGAAGCAAAAAAGCACAAUAAUGUGCCAUCAACUACCGAGGUACCUGUCGCGUCGUCCUUAACGUCGUCUCUGGAAAAGCCACCUAUUUUACCGAAACCCGUGACAAUUGUCACGAAACUCGAGCCACCUAAACGUGUACCUAUCUACCACGAAUUCGAUUCGACGGUUGCUGGCAAGGAAUUAUCCGAAUCUGUUCAGUGUCAGUGGUGGAAAGAUUCGCGGUCCAUUUGUGUUCCUAGCAGCAAGUAUCAGUCUGCGUCAUUUUGCGAGUAUUGGAAUCAACUGCUGGCACGCGCUUCCUACAAUUACAUCAAAAUCGAGGAAAUAUCGACGGCAUCCGAAUAUUGUUUGCUCCGCGAAAUCUUCUGGAUGUUUGUCAAGCCAAUAGAUGCCAAAUUUUUCCGCAUCGAUAGUGAUCGCAUCAUCAUGAAUGCCCAUGUCUCAAUCCCGAGUGUCACAAUGAAGGGCUUGCGAUCGUUCAUGAAAGUAUUCACGCAAAAGAUGACAAUUAUGUAUGUUUUGCGACAAUUUUGCCAAAAAGUCCAGGGUGGCGGCAAAAAAACACGAACAGCGCCGCACACCAUGGAAGCUUAUGCCUCGGAACUGUCGCGAUGUCUAGACUUAAUAACACAUUCCAUCCUUGAAAAAGAGAAAAUUGUGAUGCAACAAGAGCCGGGCAUCGUUAGUUCCGUGUUGGAGCUUUUUAAUCAUUUGCAGCCGCAAUUCAAAUUACUGGACUACUUGUGGGACAUUCAUCGUUUUUCGAUCAUCGAUUGGCACAAAUACCCGAAUCACAUUUGUUCGGCGCAUUUGUUGGCGGGACUCUUUUUACGGAUCCGCAAAUCCAGCAGUUCAGAGAAAGCGGCUCUCGCUAGUGCGUUGUACUUGAACACAAUUCGCGUCUAUUUGUCACUUGUCGAUGUUUGGUGGAGCGAUGGACGACUAGAUGACUUUCGACACGAGUUCCUUAUUCAAACGUGCGUCGAUGACAUCGACCAAAUACGGGACUAUAUCCCGCGACUCAACAUCAAAGACAUGAGUAUCAGUCCGAAUCGCAUGAAACUCAUUGAAAAAGACCCCGUUAUUUGUAUGUUGAUGCGACAUUCGUUGAAUGCGGGUGACACACUGAGCGUAUUAGCACGCUUGGAUCGCAUGAACGACAUAAAGUCCAAAAAUUCAAGUACUUCUGACAUGUAUGACGUCUUCAUGGAGACCGUUUUGGGGGAAAUUAAUAAAUUUCGAACGAAUCCGGAGUCGCCGAGUGAAAAUGGAAUGAUGUCGAUUUCAUUUGCUUUUGAUCCGAUGCGAUCGAGUCAAAUGUCGUGCGGGAUGACAGACUCAAUGAUGAGUUCGGUGUCCGUUAACGACUUUCAAUCAGAGAAAAACACCAAAAUUGCCGAAUUUAAGGACGAAGUCAUGGAAAUGGGGAACGAAAUUCUCCUGAUGGCGUGCCAAGAGAGCUUGAAUCUCGUCGAAAACGAGACUGACAACAAAACUGAACCGCUUUUGUUUGAAAAAUUAAAGUCAACCACUAGUCUAAUACUCCCGUUCGAUCAAAUAAUCCAAAAAACCAUAUCGAAAAUGCUGAAUGCCAAGCUGGCGAUUGCGGAUAACUUGGUUAUUCAAAUCUACAAGGAGGAAUUCCAACUGAUGACACACUUGAACAACUUGCGGAACGUUUAUUUGCUGGAAGCGAGUGAUUUGAUGUUUGAAUUUUAUACUGUUUUGUUCACAGAUAUUGAAGCUGGUAAAGAAUGGAUGGACGCAUAUAUGCUAAGUCUCCAACUGAGUAGUGCCCUUUCUGGACGUUUAGGAGACGCUGCCAGUUACUUUGGGGUCGAAAUCGGAUCCGAAUCUCACUGCAAUACAACAAAAGUCUUAGAUGCCAUUGAUGAAAUAACAAUAACUUACGUGGUUGAUGUGAAUUUGCAAACUGUUAUCAAUCAAAAAAGUCUAAAUCGGUACAAUCACGUUUUCCGAUUUUUCCUGAAAAUCAAAUGGGCAAUUUGGACAUUGGAGAAUCUCCGUUUCCCUGAUACGUAUAAAAAUCGACGCCCUUACGCGCCAUUCACGCCCAUCGACAUCACGAUGCGUCGUUUAAUCAUCGUCCGCAUCUGGGUCAUCUACAUUUUUCAAUGUCUGCAUAGUCAUUUGGUGCAACAAGUGAUGGUAGCGUUGCAAUCUCAGCUGGACGACCGUAUCGACAAGGCACGAAAUCUCAGUGAACUUACGUCGGCGCACGAAGCUUACAUUUCCACCGUUUAUGGCGAUUGUUUCCUCAAACCGGAAGAUUCUCUCAUCCGCGACAGUAUUCAUCAACUUUUGAACUUGGUUGCCAUUGUCCGGGACGAAUGGAAUGCCGUGGCGACUGCCAUGGACUUGGAAGAGGAAGGCGUGAGCGACGAUGCCAUAAGCAUUGAUGUGCACAUCCAUGAAAUCGAGGAGACGUAUAUCACUUGCCAUCGCAGCUUAGUCGAUAUGCUGAAUAAGGAAAUUCACAAAAAGGGCAAACAACAUUUGGCGGAACUUCAUUCGGCAUUCAGUUGUUGCAUCCCGUACUGA